GCCCCGCCGCCUUCCCUCGGGUCUCCACCCAGCAACCGUCGCGGUAGAGGACGCCGGCGGUGCGGAGGAGCUUCGCGCGGGGCUCAGCAGGAUUUCUCUGGAAUUUUGCGGGGAUCGGAUGGGCAAGAAAUCACAAGGAAAUUGAGCAGAUUUUGAUUCGGUAGGACAGUUCGGUACAAACUCGUUCGAGUUUGGGACGGGAGGACGGACGAAGACGGACUAUAUAUACAGAAGAAGAGGAAGUAGAUCGGAGAGAGAGAACGGAUCGGAAGUUAUUUCUUGGCAAGAAGACCCCUUGGGGGUGAGAUACCGACGUCUACUACCAUGGGGCAGAAGGGGCGUCGCCGCCAAAACCUAGCCCAGAAUGGGGUGAAUAGAAGAAAGGACUCUCUCUAUCAACAAGUUGGCGAUGGCGAUUCUCAAAAUGGCGAAACAUUGACAUAUUCAAUGCCAUACCUUCCAGAGGACAUCUGGCAUCGUAUACAUUCCCUAAUGCCAAUGCGUGAUGCUGCUCGUGCUGCUUGCCUUUCUCGCGCCUUUCUACAUUCCUGGAGGUGUCAUCCCAACCUCACCUUGGACUGGCAAACGCUUUGCUCCAAGUCCAAGGGAGGUGGAGCAAAUUUUAGCCGCAAAAUUGACAGCAUAAUUAGAAACCACUCAGGAUUUGGCUUGAAGAGAUUGAAGCUUGAUAUAUUUGAUGAUGACCGUACCUUGCCUUAUAUCGACAGUUGGCUCCAGUUUGCUGUCACACCAGGGAUUGAGGAGCUCACCCUUGUACUAUAUAAAAAGUACAACUUCCCAUGCUCACUUCUAUCUGAUGGAGUUAGAAACUCAAUUCGGUAUCUUGAACUUCGCCGUAGUGCCUUCCGUCCCAUGGCUGAACUUGGCCCCUUGAGAAGCCUAACAAGUCUGCAUCUGUGUUCCGUGCGUAUUACUGGGGAUGAAGUAGGGUGCUUUCUUUCCAACUCCCCUGCUUUGGAGCAGUUGGAACUUUAUGAUUGCAAGGAGAUAAUUUUUCUGAAGAUACCUUGCAUGCUGCAGCGGCUCAGGUGCCUGAGUGUUUUUUCAUGCUGGAUGCUUCAAUUGAUAGAGUGCAAAGCUCCAAAUCUCUCCAGUAUUUACGCUAGUGGAGAAAAUAUAAAACUCUCACUCUCAGAAGCAUUGUGCAUGAAGGAGUUGUGCAUGUGCUUUCCCAACGUCAUCAGUUAUGCUCUUGCUGAGCUGCCGUCCAUUAUGCCAAAUCUUGAGACUCUUGAAAUAGGUUCAGAGGAUGAGGUGGUUAAUACACCAAUGCUGCCUACCAAAUUCAUCCACCUCAAGCACCUGAAUAUUCAAAUUACAGAAUCCGAUGAUUAUUUUCACCUGGCUUCUUUCUUGGAUGCAUCUCCUUCCUUGGAGACUUUGUUCUUGGAUGUAUCUAAGGAUAAGGAAUAUGUGGAUCGUGAAUCAGUUUUUGGAGGUUCCUCACUACAUUUGAGGCAGCUGCCCGAAGACCGCCAUGUCUGCCUCAAACUCAAACGUGUGGAGAUCAUAGGGUUCAGCUCUGCAAAGAGCUUGAUUGAGCUCACACGUUGCAUUGUCAAGAAGGCAGUCUCACUUGAGCUGCUUGUGUUGGACACCCUUGAUGGUAGUGAUAGGUGUUGUGGUGAAUAUAAGUGUAGGCCCAUUGGCAAGACUGUUCUCGAGGAAAAUAAGUGUAGGCCCAUUAGCGAGACUGUUUUCAAGGAAGCCUCUAGAGCGGUCGUGGCUGUAAGAAGGUUCAUUGAGGAUCAAGUCCCGCCUACAGCUAAGCUGAGUGUCCUGGAGCCAUGCACACGGUGUCAUUCGAGUCAUGAGCUUGCAGCCGGUGAUAUGGCGGUGGAGGGUGGUUGAUAGAUGUCAUAAGUUAUCUUAUUAUAAUUGCGCCGUGUAUGAUCAUUUAUUGAAUUCGAUUUGAUUUGAUACCAUGCUUUGUUUCUUGGAUUAUCGGAUAAGUUAUUUUGAAGGCGAAAUGUGUUGUCACUUUAAUCUAAUUAUAUUACUAUUAUAAAUGAACCAUGUUUUUCUU